AUGGCGGUCUCAAGGGAGCAAUCGCUGUACGGAAGACGAAGGUCCAACACCGCUCAGUCCAAUUUCCGGGCAGUCCCCACAUUUGUCGUACCAAUCUCAAUUGGAGAAUCGAAAGUCUUGAACGCAUGGGUACACGAUGUCAAAGAAACACAAUCUGUUGUUUUUAACCACUCGUUCUGGCCGGGCGUUCAGGAGGGGGACUGCUUAAAGGUUUCAGGUAGUAAUGUCGAAAAUCCGGAGGCAGGAUUUCUCUUCAUAGUGCCGAGAGAGGAUUACUGCCCGAAGCCACAGCUACAGAUCUCAAUACCGCGUCCCAUCGCCGAUGUUUUUGGGCUCCCCAACAACAGUCAGGUCGAUAAAGCAGGUUGUUCAGCGGACUAUGUGGAAUUUAUGUUCCAAGACCAGUAUCUCGGUCGAAAUGAGAUGUGGCGUCUGGGAAAGCAUCUCUCGGGACAAUGUAUUUACACUGACCAAGAAAUAUCAUUUAUUGGGGGCAUCGCUGCCAAAAUUCAGAAUAUCUACAUUAGUGGACAGAAAGUUUCUUCAGCAUGUAUGACUGCUGCGACGAAAGCUAUAUACCGCUCAUACUCGGCAAAGAUAACUAUUUUCAUACAAGUUUGCAGGGAGCUUUGGGAGUUCGCAGGAGACGGGGAACGGUACAACGAAAAGAUCGUGCACUCUUUCCUUCCUAGCUUAUUCAACAAAUGGAAAGAAUCCGGGACUAACCACACAGUAACCAUUGUCCUGAUAUCUCGUGUAUUCUACGACGAAUCAGAGAUUGACUAUGCAGCUGGUCCCCUUCGCCGAGAUGAGGAAGGACACUGGUACAAGGACUUCUUCAAGGUCAUCACAGACUUGCAGGUACUGUACGAAUGGAAGCCAACACUUGUCAGCUUGAAGAACUCGUUUUGGGAUUUCCAGCGCGAUAUCUUGCUCACCCACCAUUACCACCGGGCAACAUUGGAUUCUGGAAUCGGUGCACCUGCGCAGGUUCGUCUUGUUGGACGGCUGUCAUAUGCACAAGAUGGGCCUAUAUUAGAAGCUCUGAACCUCGGACUCAACCCGACUGAAACUCACUAUAUCGAUCGCUCGCUCAGUCUAACUGGGGCCACUACUCUUCUGAUAUCGCCCGGGACAGGCUAUUUCAAGGUCUCUAAGCAACUUCUCCGUUUAACAACGACGCGGAUGCUGGAUCAAGGCUUUGUGCUUGAUUUAAUCUUGCUCACAAAACAGCCAUUGCACCAAAGUCCGAUAUUUAGUUUUCGGGGAAGCGACCCGGUUUCUCCAGCCAGAUCGUCGGAGAAGGAUGGGUUUGAACCGGGGAAAUAUGAAAAGGAGAGAAAAUUUGAUCCACUUGUGAUGGAUCCUCUGUGGGCAGCGGACGAGGAUUCGAAAGGCGAGCCGAGACAAAAAAAGACAAUUUGGUGGGAGCCGUUUUGGAUCUCGACUACGUUUUGGGACAAACAGAUGGAUUUGCCGUUUAGGCAGGACAGAUUUAUUGCUCGAGCGAAGAUGCAUGAAAUUCAGAUGCUUGGAUUGCUCGAACACGACGUUCUUUCUAGCAUAGAGGUCCCUUUUAUGCAGCAUAAAUCCGACCCCUCCACCGGACCUGCAGAAUCAGAGGAGACACUCAAUAUAAGCAAGAGCGAGGCAGACCAGUUUGACCUCAAUAUCUUCUCGUUGACUACCAACUACAACACGAGCUCUCUUCUUGCUCCUGCCGGUGGUGUAACGCCUCGUCCGGGUAACGACAAGCGCGGUUCUCACCGACAUUCGACUAUGAGUCGUAUUGACACAAUCGAAGAGAGCCCUAAGCAACGGAUUUUCAAGGAGUUGCCUUCCGAAGGUUUGCCAAACAAUGAAAUAAGCGCCCCUUCGUCCGUUUCAGGUCCUGGUACCUCGCCUUCCCAGUCUUCUGUCAGGUCGGGUAGAUCGGAAAACUCGAGCUCGUCGAAAACACCUUCAAAAACGGCAAGUAUAUCGAAGACAUCACUCGCGUCUAAAUUAGCGCCUUCAUGGCUCUUCAAUCCGUUCAGAAGCGGGCCGAGUGAACCUCAGACGAGUCAGGUUUCGGCGUCUGCGUCUGCAUCUUCAUCUGCAUCUUCAUUUACUACGUCUACCCCUCAGAAUUCGCAGAGUGAGAAACCUUCACGAUCAUCUGUGUCAUCCAUGGCACCACCGUCUUCCCCUAUACGCAUGGCCCCUGCAAAACCUACUGUCGCAUCCACCCAACAAAUUCAACCAGUUGCUAUCAAGAACAAACCUGCCAGUCGUUCCAGCCUGAGUCGAACGUUUGAAGAAGAAACGUUAGCACCCCAUAGAGCGUCGUUCUUACGACGUUCGCCUAUCAAUACUCCUCCCCGUGACGAGAUUCUUUCAGGAAAGCGACGAAGCGCAGGUUAUGUCCAUGGUUUCCCUUCAUCGUCUUCUCCUGGCGCAAUCAUAAACCCAACGCGUCCACAGUUAGCGGUAGCGUACCCCGAAGCGUCUCUUGCUCGUCGCUGGCAACACAUGUUUCCACACCCGACAUACAAGUACGACAUGAAGUGGAAGUCGAUAGUUACUCCUGGCUGUCUUCCGCUAACGGUUGAGCAUUUUCCAUCUCAUGCUGAACUCGAAUCCACGUAUGAGCUGACUGGGUACGAGUUUCUUGUGGAGCCUGGGGAAAUGCGUUCUUUCCUUAUCAAACCACCUAAUGUGAAAGGGUCUCCGGAAGAAGUAAGGCGCGCAUGGGCACUGGUAGUCAUGCGUGGGAUGGCGGCUGUACGGCUUGCGCAAGGCUUCCAGUUUGUUUUGAAGCCCCAGAAGACUCCAAGCGAAGAAGAAAAGGAAAAGGAGAAAGAGAAAGAAAAGAACACGAAUAAUUUUAGACGAAAUAAAUCGUUUGUUGGGGAAGGGGAAUUCGAUACAUGGCCUACGGGUGCGGCGGAAGUGUUGAGCUCGACGACGAACCCGGUGUAUUUGAGCAUGACGAAUGAAAUCCAUCGAAUAUCCUAUACAGGAGAGGCUAUUCAGGUGAAGCGUUAUGUGCGCCGGUUGCAUACUACGCGACCUUUCAGCUACCAAUGCCUGAUCUGGCCAAAACUUGGAGGUGGCUACACGGAAUUGUCUACAGAAUUCCAGUCUCACGGAUUGGAAAAUUAUUCGUGGAACAGGUUGGACAUGCUUGUAGCAGGAUACGAGCAUCACUUUAACGAAUCUCUUCGUUAUUGGCGUACGCGCUUCGUGGUCAUUCCAACUGCCGAACGCCCUCAAGUCACUAUUGGUCCAUCAGGCGAGAAAUUGAAUGAUGAAGAAGCCCGUCUUCUAGGGAUUGAAAAGCUUGCAGAACAGUUUACCAAGCUCCGGUGGCAGCCCCCGGAUGAAAAAGUUGUCCAUCCGCCUGUGCGCUUCCUGCCCACAACGCUGGACCCAGCACUGUCAAUUCUCGACGAGUCGUUGAUGGACCAAUUGGAUCAAAUCCAUGCACAGGGCCCACUGAAGAAGAAGAUGAAGAGCGAGCGUGAGAUUGGAAAUAUGAACCUUGCUGCAAUUGCGAAAGCCAUGAGGGAGGAAGAUGGGGUGCCUAUCAAGACGUAUCACUGGCAUCGGUCGCAGUAUCCUGAUUCAUUUAUCGGCUACGACUUUGUGUCAUGGCUGGUCAGAGAGUUCAGGGAUGUUUCAUCGAGGGCUCAAGGGACUGAGAUAGGGAUUAAGCUUCAGGAACAAGGGUUAUUUGAGCAUUGUAGAGGAUACCAUAAUUUCCUAGAUGGGUUGAAGGGUGAAUUUUCGCUGCACACCACACCAAAGUAUAACAAUUGGUUCUUGAAGCGACACCUAGACUCAGACUCUGCUAUUCGACCCUCAUACCACACAUCAUCUAAUUUGAGAUCGAGCUCCAAGUCUACUGGCCUCAACAGCAAUAAUCGGACGAGGAACAAAAAGACGUUGAUCCUUAGUCAGACAAUGGUUAUUGACAUUGAUCCCAAUAAGAGAAGUGACCAAGCAGAAUCGGUCAUCCUUCAUCAUGAUAUCAUCCACAAUCCUGCGACCGUGUUCCACUUUGAGCUGCAAUGGAUAGGAACCACAGCUCGAUGUAUCGAGGAUCAAUUACGCCUCUGGAGUCGGACUAUCGAUCGCUACGGAUUGAAGCUCGUUGAAGCAUACGUGACUCAAAUCAGCGACAUCCGAGAGCACAACGCAUUUCAGUCGUGCUACCCAAUGCGUCUCUCACACCCUCCCCCAUAUGUUCCGGAUCUGGAGAAACGACUUCCCGAAGGUACACAAGCUGUCAAAUAUUUUGAAUACGCGCUACUCCAGAAGUUCGGAUUUAUUGUAGAUGUGGAAGCUGCGGAUCUAUACCCAGAGCAAAUUGAUGUUGUCUACUCGUAUCGUCGAUCGCCAUACAAGUAUUCACAGUUUGUACACCGAUCGGGGGUGGCUUUUAUCCAGGUGCUGGGUGGUUAUCGUGGAUUUUUGUUCCUCACGAACCGGCUGAUGGGACCAGGAAGGAUGGGAUCAGCUAUCAAGAAUAAAGAUCAUCUUCCAGCGGUUGCCGCAGAGAGAAUGAGAGUGGAAAUGGCGGAAUUUUGUUUGGACAGAGAACGAUUGCAGCAAUUCUAUGACGAAAAGAUUGCUGACUUGCCUCCUGCUCCUAUCAUGCCCGAGGAACCGCCUCCGCUUGUAAUUUAG